UGCGUCUCGGAGCGUGAGUCGGCGCGGGUCGUUUGGAGCAUUGCACCCCUUUUACUAUGUUUCAUAGUAAGAAAAAUGAAAUCACAUAUCGCUUACUCCGUCUUAGUUAAUCAAAGCAGUUUCAUAAUUUUUAUGCAAAGAUGAAUUUGUACGGAACGCCUCUAGUAUUAUUCAUUUGAGUACUGGAUUUACAUGUUAUAUAUACUUGGUGCUGUUGAGGAGAGUUGUGCUACAAGUUAUUGAAUAUGACAUUUUCACGGAUCGUAUCUGUUCUUUCUUAUAUUGUGAUAGCACUAUUUGUUCAGGAAAUACAAGGAGUUAUACGAAAUAUACGGCAUAGAACAUCAAAUGAUAUUUUCUUGGAUCCUUGCAAAGCAGUUGCAUUUUGGGGUGAUAUAUCAUUAGCUGAUGAAGACAUACAAUAUUACAGAAUUCAACAAAAUGGCAGCAGGAAUUCAUUAAGUGAACAUUAUGAACUUCAAGUAGAAGAUCCAGGUGCUGCAUCACAGUAUAGUGACAAAGAAUAUUAUUCUAGAAUAGAGAAAUAUCUUUCCAGAAAAGAUUCAAAUAAACCCAAAGGUGAGGAGAAAAAGAAGAAUAAAAAAUCAAGGAAACACAAGAAAAACAGAUGUCCGAAAGGGGAUAAAAAAUGCAGAGCAUUACGUCGGAAGCAAAGAAGGGAGGAGAAAUUAAAGAAAAAAGAAGAGAGAAGACAGAAAAAGCUUCUCAAAAAACAAGAAAGACUCAGGAAAAGGCAAAAGUUAUCAAAGUCAAAGUUAAAAAGAGGUUCAAAAAUAUAUAAAGUAUCCAAGACUCGGACUAAGAGAGCAGCUACUGCUAGACCAGAAAGGUUGUGGGAUUAUGGUGUCAUUCCUUAUGAAAUAGAAGCCAACUUUAGUGGUCAGCACAAAGCCCUAUUUAAGCUUGCCAUGAGGCACUGGGAAAACUACACCUGCAUAUCUUUUGUAGAAAAGCAACCUGAACACAAAAAUUACAUUGUGUUUACGGAGAGACCUUGUGGGUGUUGCUCAUUUGUGGGUAAACGAGGGAAUGGCGCCCAGGCCAUAUCAAUCGGAAAAAAUUGUGACAAAUUUGGGAUUGUUGUUCACGAGUUGGGCCAUGUGGUAGGAUUCUGGCACGAGCAUACUCGCCCUGAUCGAGAUCAGCACGUACAAAUUAUCUAUAAGAAUAUCAUGCCGGGCCAGGAAUACAAUUUUAAUAAGUUAACAGAAAGUGAGGUGAAUUCUCUAGGAAUGGCCUAUGAUUACGGCAGCAUUAUGCACUACGCUAGGAACACCUUUGCUAGGGCAACCUAUGUGGACACCAUAUUACCUCGUAAAAAGCCAGAGAUGAUCGUCCGUCCAGAGAUUGGUCAAAGAGUCAAACUCAGUUCAGGAGAUGUAGCUCAAGCAAACAAACUUUAUAAAUGUCCAGCCUGUGGACGCACACUUCAGGAAUCUAUAGAUAAAUUUUCAUACACCCCAACCCCAGGCAAGCCAGCUACAUGUCAAUGGAGAAUCUCGGCCACUCAUGGGGAGAAAAUUGUUUUAAAUCUGACAGAGCUGGAUAUCCCCGACUCUGUCCAGUGUGAGAAGCAUUACCUAGAAGUCAGGGAUGGACAUUUUAUCAUGUCUCCACUUUUAGGUCGGUUCUGCGGAGACAAUGCACCCACAACGCUUAUUUCAACAGACAGCAGAAUGUGGCUGGAGUAUCAUACCUCAGAUGGACAAGGGGGGACAGGAUUUUCUGCUCAGUAUGAAGCUAUUUGUGGGGGUGAGAUCCACAAGGAUGUAGGCCAGUUAACUAGCCCUAACUACCCUGAUGAUUACAAGUCCAACAAAGAAUGUGUCUGGAAAAUCACUGUGGACAAAGACUAUUCUGUUGCACUGAAAUUCCAGUCAUUUGAGAUUGAGAGCCAUGAUGACUGUGUAUAUGAUUACCUGGAAAUCCGGGACGGCCCUGAUCCUACCUCAAAAGAACUUGGCCGAUUCUGUGGAUAUAAGAUCCCAGAGGAUGUCAAGUCCUCAGGAAACACUCUCUUUGUUAAAUUUGUAUCAGAUGGUUCGGUUCAGAAAUUAGGCUUUGCAGCUUCAUUUAUAAAAGAGUAUGAUGAAUGUGCGACAGAUCAUCAUGGUUGUGAUCAUAUAUGUGUCAACACUCUUGGUAGCUUCAAAUGUGAAUGUAAAAUUGGUUAUGAAUUGCACUCAGAUGGCAAAAAAUGUGAAGAUGCCUGUGGGGGAUACAUUGAUCAAGCCAAUGGCACCAUACAGAGCCCCUCAUUCCCUGACCUGUACCCUCCCAACAAGAACUGCGUGUGGCAGAUAGUAGCCCCGGACCAAUAUCGUAUCACUCUUAACUUCUCCCACUUUGAUAUGGAGGGCAACAAUCAAGACUGUGAGUAUGAUUCAAUCCGUGUGAGCAGUGGAGUGGGACGGGAUUCAGUCAUCCAUGGCAUUUACUGCGGGUCUACUCUUCCUUCCUCCAUUACGUCAGAGAGUAACACACUAAGGAUUGAGUUCAACUCAGAUAAUUCAGUCCAGAAAACAGGAUUCCAUGCUCGCUUCUUCACUGAUAAGGAUGAAUGUGCUGUAAACAAUGGUGGAUGCCAGCAUGUUUGUAAGAAUACAGUGGGAAGUUAUGAGUGUGCCUGUCAUAAUGGAUUCACUCUUCACGAGAACAAACAUGACUGUAAAGGAGGUGGCUGUCAACACAAGAUCAAAGAUCCUGAGGGAGAAAUCAGCAGUCCCAACUGGCCAGACUUUUACCCCAGUCGUAAAGACUGUGUGUGGCACUUCACCACCACCCCGGGGCACCGUGUCAGGCUCACCUUCAUCAACUUUGAAUUGGAACCACAUCAGGAAUGCACAUACGACCAUAUUGAAGUAUUUGAUGGCAAAAACAUCAACAGUCAUAGUCUAGGGAGAUACUGUGGAAGCAAGCUCCCUCAUCCUAUAACCUCUAGUGGUAACGAAAUGUACAUGGUUUUCUACUCCGAUGCCUCUGUACAAAGGAAAGGAUUCCAUGCAAGUCACAAGACAGUUUGUGGAGGAGUCCUUGUUGCCAAGGAGACCAGUAAACGCUUGUUUUCACAUGCCAAACAUGGUGACCAGAACUAUGACAACAAAAUGGAGUGUGAAUGGCAAAUCGUAGCUAGCCCAGGACAUCACGUCAAGUUCAAGUUUGACACUUUUGAGAUUGAGGAUGAAAGUGAUUGUGGGUAUGACAAUGUUGAGGUGUUUGAUGGGAAAGCAGAUACAAGUCCUGGACUGGGAAGAUUCUGUGGAAGCAAGGUGCCAGAUGAAAUAAUUUCUUCUGACCAAAAUCUACUGGUGAGGUUUAAAUCUGAUGACACAAUCAACUGGAAGGGCUUUUCUGCCACAUACCAUGAAGUUCCCUCCAAAAACCAGGGGUCAGGGGUCAUUAAGCCACUUCCUAUGUCGUAGUCAGGGGUCAAUUCAGACUUGAAACCUCUUGGUUUCCGUAACAAAUAAUGCAGACUUUCAUGAUCAUAUUGUGAUAUGUCAGAGAUUAUUUUAGUAUGAAUGGAAAAUUUAGUAUCCUGUGAAUAGUUGACUAUGAUUCUUUGCUGCAAAAUCAACAUUGGGAACUCAUGUGAAACUUCAUUGUAUUUGAGAUUGUUUCACAGGAUACGAAAAGUUUAAUGUCAUUUGUGUACAUAAUGAUCGAAGGUCAAUGGCAGUAAAGAUUCUUCAUUUGAAGUAUAUUAUUUCAGGUUUGUAUAUACGUGAAUUGUGUAGAACUUUAUAUAGUAAGUUAUUGUUUUUGAUGUACUAAUUAUCAAUUGACUUUUGUUGUUAACAUGAUUUUAUUGCAUGUUUUUAUGAAAAUGUUAUGUUAAUAUACAUGUAUGACCAUCAGUUCUGGAGUUUAUUUGUUGAUAUGAUUUUUAUGUUACAUAAAAAAGAGUUUUAACCAGAAAUAUAUGUUCACAUAUUUCUGAUAUUACUUUUAGUAGACUGUUGUCAACAAAAUUAUAUAGAACCAUUUGCAUCGGUGCAAUUUUUGAGAGGUAAUAUUGUUUUACUACACUUCAUAGCAUCAAAAUACCCUUACUGAAAUCUUCAGAGGAAAAAGGGAAAUUUUAUUUUUCAAAACUGGCUUAUUUAGCCAGAGUACAGUAAAGCUGUGAGAAGAAAAAAAAAAUUGUGUCUUUUAUAUCUGUUUAAAAAUGCAUUUAAAAAAAUUAGUAGUUAAUUUCAAAAAUGGGCAAUAUGUUUUAAUGUAAUAAUUUUGUGGCUAAUUUCCAGCAGCAGAUAUAUUUGCAUCCAAAUUUGUUUUAAGAUUUCAUCACAUGUAAGCAAAAGCAACUGUAUGUAAUGUGCAUUUCAAAAAUAUGUUACCUUUCACUUAUUAUGAUUAUCACUAUUAUUAAUUUGAAGUUCUUAAGAUUUUGCUUAAAUGUUUUUUAAUGAAACUUUAUUUUGAGCACAUCUAAUUAAAAUGUUUGAAUCAUUGAAUUCAUUUGAU